AUGCUCUACAAGAAAGAACUAUCCUCCUCUGCCAACUCAGCUCAGCUAGUCAUAGUCCAUUUCCACGGAGGGGGACUAAUUGCUGCCGAUAGCCUCUUUCCCGACUUCUUUGGCUGCUGGCUGUUGGACCUGGCGAAAAAGCACAGAGCAGUCAUAGUCUCAGCGAACCACCAUCUUCUGCCAGAAGCAAAUGUGACCGACAUUCUCGAAGACCUCGACGACGUUUCGACAUGGGUUCAAUCAUCCUUGCCCGAGUUUCUGAAGACUAAAUCUCAGGGGAAGGUCGACUACGACCUCAAACGUAUCCUCACGGCCGGUGAGAGCGCAGGUGGAUACCUUGCACUACAGCUCGCGCUCAACUAUCCAGACGACAUCCGAACCAUCUUAACUCAAUACCCAAUGAUCGAUUGUUUACUGAGAGUUUGGAAAACCUAA